AUGCAUUGCGUGCAUCGUAAAGAUCCAAAAUGGCGGGAAUAUAGGGACUGUUCUCCCGGGCUGUUCUCGAAAAUGGCGGAUAGCAGGGUUUCAUCGUGGAAAGAAGACGAUCUCCUUAAAGGUGCACUGCAGAAGUAUGUCAAACAAGGCCUCAAACGCGAAGAAGUGAUCGAUUUUUUACGGAGAGACUUUCCUCAAUACGCCUGGAGUAUCCGAACACUCGACAGACGUUUACGCCAUUUCGAAGUUUAUUACAGGGAUGACACUGUUUCGGUUGAAGAUGUUAAAGAGGCUGUUAAAAAGGAAUUGGAAGGACCAGGAAAGCUAUUGGGAUAUAGAAGCAUGCACAAGAAAAUAAGACAAAAAUAUGACUUGUUAGUUACGCGAGAUCAAGUUUACGAUGUGAUGUCUGAUCUUGACCCCGAUGGACUUGCUGCUCGCGGAGGCGUUGGAGCUAAGAAGGCAAGGCGAAAGAAAGGAAACUUCUCUUCGAAAGGACCAAACUGGGUCCACUCCCUGGACGGUCAUGAUAAAUUAAUGGGUUUCCAAAAUUCCACAUUUCCGAUUGCUAUUUAUGGCUGCUUAGAUACAGCCAGCAGAAAGCUGCUAUGGUUGCGAGUUUGGAAUAAGAACUGUGACCCGCAAUUGAUUGGUCGUUGGUACUUGGAGCAUAUAAUGGAGACCAAGGUAAUUCCUGCGAUGAUCAGAAUCGACAAAGGUACAGAAACAGGCACCAUGGCCACAAUUCAUGCCUUUCUUCGUAGACAUCACACUGACGUUGUGGAUCCUGCAGACACAAUUUUGUAUGGUCCAUCAACUUCAAAUCAAAUCGAAAGAUGGUGGAAAGAAUUAUACGAAAGAAUGGAAAAAUUUUUCAAAAGUCAGUUAAGAUGGCUUAAAGAUCAAGGGCAUUAUGACCCACAUGAUGAUAUUGACAGGAAGCUUCUUUCUUUUAUUAUGGUUCCUGUGGUUCAGAGAGAGCUAGAUACAUUCAAGGAGAUGGUGUGGAAUUCUCACAGGAUCAGAGCCCAGAAGGACACAGUUUUACCAGAUGGGGUCCCAAACCAUAUUUACAGUUUUCCUCAGAAAUAUGGGCUUGAAGAAUGCGGUCUUAAAGUAACUGAUGAUCAACUAAAAGAAGCUGCUGUCCAGUCAGGCAUCCUUACUGUUGAUGAUGACUUUCUCGCCCCUGAGUUCAGAGCAGAGUGUGAACGAAUCAUUGACACUGACCAUUUGAAACCUGCUGAUUGCAAGGAAGCAUUUCUUUUCCUAAAGAGAAAUUUUUCUUUGUAAUAACUCCACUGUUUAUCCAUGGUGUUAUGCCCUUGACUCUAUUUUUAUAGUGAAAGCAGCAUGUUUUCUCCCACAUCCUCCAUUUUGUUACUAUGAACUUUGUGCAGCCAUAAACAACAAAUUCAUCUGCCAAUGAACUGUACUUUAAUCAUUGAAUUAAACUGAACAUUUCUGAACACUGUAUGUGCGAACCGCCCAAGGUAAUUGCAUCAAAAGGGGUGUAACAUGCAAUACAGUAGAAAAGUCAAAACUUUAUUACGUGUAAUUGAAGUGA